AUGUCAUCGCUCGUCAGCUACGAGCCGUACGUCGACGAGUGCACAGACCUGUUCAGCCAGCGCCUCCAGGAGGUAGCGAGCGCGGGUGCGUAUGCCGACAUGGGGCACUGGCUGCAAUGCUAUGCCUUCGAUGUUAUUGGAUUGAUCACAUACUCGAAGCGACUGGGAUUUUUGGAUAGGGGUGAGGAUAUUCGUGGCGUGAUUGCGGCUCUCGAAGAUCAUCUGUGGUAUGCUACCUUUACGGGCAUCUUCUCCUGGCUCCACAAAUAUCUCUUUCCCAUCCGAAAUUGGCUGGCUGGUCCGACAGGCACUGGGAGAGCGUAUGUCAUGAAGUUCACGCAAGAGCGCAUUGCAGAACACGAGAAGGAGCAGACCAAAGCCAUUCCUGUCGAUGGCAUUGAGGAAGGCAAGACGAGCAUGGACUUUCUUUCCAAAUUCUUCAAGAAGAAUGCAGAUGACCCCAAGGCGUUUACAAUGUACCAUCUCAGCAUGGGCUGCGUGUCGAACAUGGUCGCUGGUUCAGAUACUACAGCAAUCAGUCUCUCCGCAAUCCUCUACUACCUACUCAAGUUCCCGCAAACAUUCGAGACUCUGCGUCAAGAGAUCGACGAGCGGAAGCGCGAAGGCAGAAUUGGCCACUACAUCACAUUCAAGGAAAGCCAGGAAAUGCCGUAUCUUCAAGCCGUCAUGAAGGAGGCGCUGCGAAUGCACCCAGCUACUGGCCUACCACUCGAGCGCGUGGUACCCGCUGGAGGAGCGAGCAUAUGUGAUCAAUUCUUUCCCGAGGGCACUAUCGUCGGAAUCAACUCCUGGGUGGCUCACCGCAACACAUCUGUUUUCGGCCCUGACGCAGACGUGUUCAGACCUGAGCGCUGGCUCAGCUCCGAUAAAGAAAAGCUUAGUCUCAUGGACCGCAACUGGAUGCCGGCUGCAGAUUGGGAAACGACAAAUUACUGGUUCGUCAAGCCGAGGGAUUUCCAAGUCAAGGUAAUGGUAAGGCGACAGGGCCUCUGA